CGUUACUCCGCAGUUGGAGGUGCAGCUUUUACGCAAGACGGGAGCAGUCGCGAGGGGGCUGAACCAGCUCGGGUCCCGCGGGUCUUCCCUGGGGUGAUGGAAACAUCGGAUAUCUGUUUAUUCGCCUUCAUCUUCUCUCACGCCUUCAGGAUCGUCUUCAUCUCGUAGCUCGUGCGCAGCGAACCCCGUCUCCGCCAACAACUAUGGAUCGCCUCACUGAAGUUGGACCACCUGAUCCAGCACGCCGCCGAAAUUAAAUAAGGAGAGAGGAGAGCUCGUUAUGAUCGGUUGUGUCAGUGGGACAUUUCCUGCUCAGAGAACCGGUGAGAAGAAGAAUCCGUCCUCAGAGCGUCUGUCUGUGCGUAAAGGGACGUUCACCCCACGGAUCUGCUCUCUGGUGACUGGCAGCGCUGAGAUUUAGGAGUUCCGUGGAAACACUUGGGUUAAAGCAGAGAAAGUGUUUGCAUCAGCCUAAAUUUGGUCAUUUUCAGCCAUUUUACUGGUGCACUGGUCAAGAUUUUAGCCACUUGCUCGAUUGUGAUUUGAACUUUUCUCUGCAGCUGAGAAAACAGAGAGGGGCCAUGGCUUUACCAGAUGGUGGCAUAUCAGGAGAGGAGAUCCCAUUCCCAGAGAUCGUAGAGCUAAAUGUUGGAGGUCAGGUGUAUAUAACCCGUUACUCCACGCUCACGAGUGUGCCAGACUCUCUGCUGUGGGAGAUGUUCAGUCGGAAGUCCACCAAAGGGCUGGCCAGGGACACCAAGGGGCGUUUCUUUGUGGAUCGCGAUGGCUUCCUGUUCCGUUACAUCCUGGACUACAUGCGGGACCAACAGCUGGUUCUCCCGGACCACUUCCCCGAGCGAGGUCGUCUGCAGAGGGAGGCCGAGUUCUUCAACCUGCCAGAGCUCGUCAAGCUGCUGGCGCCUAAAAUCAGCAAGCAGAACUCCCUGGGUGAUGAGGGGUGUCAGAGCGAUCCGGAGGACUCCUCGCCUGGCAUUGAUACAGCACGAAGCCUGGGCCCCUUGGGGGCUGCGGCAGCCGCCUGCGCCAGCCUAGUGCCCAGCACCAUGGAUGGAAAGCGCUCCGGGUUCAUCACCAUCGGCUACCGGGGCUCGUACACCUUGGGGCGAGACAGCCACACCGAUGCCAAGUUCCGCCGGGUGGCGCGGAUCAUGGUGUGCGGGAAGACCUCCCUGGCCAAGGAGGUGUUCGGGGAGACGUUGAACGAGAGCCGCGACCCCGACCGCCCCCCUGAGCGCUACACAUCCCGCUACUAUCUGAAGUUCACCUUCCUGGAGCAGGCCUUCGACAAGCUGGCAGACUCCGGCUUUCACAUGGUGGCCUGUAACUCCACGGGAACCUGCGCCUUUGCCCACGAGCAGACAGACGACAAGAUCUGGACCAGCUACACUGAAUAUGUGUUCUACCGUGGUUCUUCGGCGAUUCCCGAGGCCCCCGCCUCUGACCCCCCAGCACCCAGUGAAGUGGUGGCAUCAGAACCAGCCUCUGCUGCUUCUUGUUCUGAAGCGGCCACAGCGGAGCCCUGCAGCGCCGGCCGAACUCAAAGCCUUCCAGAAACGGGCUGCAGCACAAUGCUGGACCACGACACCCCCCUCCCGCCUCCUCUGACACCACCUCCGCCUCCUGCAGCCGCAGACAUCGAUGACCUUCCACUUCCAUCCCCCCCGAUCUUCCCUCCUCCUCCAAUGCUGUCAGCCAAAUCUGCUUCCAUCCCCAGUCCUCCUCCUCUUUCGUGUCUUUCGCCCUCACCGCCCCUCGUAGAGAGCCCUCAGCGUCCCACCACCCUCAACCUGAGGACUCUCCCACGGCCCACUGUCAGGGAAAAUGGCGGCCCCCUCCAUCAAAUGGUUGAAGAAGAGGAGGAAAGAAAAUUGCUGGAAGAGGAUUUGAAAAAAUGCAUCGAAGACUUCAAAAAGAUCCGCUUGCCCAAAGUGUUUCCAGACCGUAAGAGGCACUGGCAGAGCGACUUGCUGAAGAAGUACAACGCUUAGAGAACUUUCUGUGGCACCGCGGUGAACGAACUUGACAAACACUUUCAGACAACCAAGAAGUGAAGCUCAUAUUGCUCCGAUUUGAACAGUUUGAGGAGUGUAAUUAAGAUUAUUUACAGUAGACCGGUCCGGUAAUAGCUUUUGAACCUAAUUGGUUGAUGAAGUUAAGUGCUCAGGCUGAGCAGGUAAUCAAACUAAG